AUGAGACAAAGGAAAAAAUUGACAGAUGUAGCUUUAAGAGAUCUAUUGUCACGAAAUAAAAUACCAGACUUUGAUUAUCAAUCGUUUUUAGCAAAUUCAACAAAAUGCAUUACUAUAGCCCUUGCUAUUUCGGGAGGUGGAUACAGAUCAAUGUUGACCGGAGCAGGUGUCAUGGCUGCUUAUGAUGCCCGAACAUCAAACUCUACAGAAGACGGUAAAUUGGGAGGGCUUUUGCAAGCUUUAUCGUAUAUUGGUGGAAUAUCUGGAGGUUCAUGGCUAGUCAUGAGCAACUUAAUAAACGACUUUAAACCAAUAAACGAACUACGAAACGAUCCUAGUUCAUGGGCUUUACAAGACCAGCUUUUGGCUGGUAUACCCAAUUUUGAUCCUACGGCUAUACAAAAUGCAAUAUCAGAGAUACCCACCAGCAACCAAACUAAUCCAAAUUCUUCAACCAAACAAAAGGAUAAAUGGCCCGCCUUCAUGAAAACUAUUAUAGAAUGGUUUGAUUCUGGGAAAGGUACUUCAGGAAGCACUGAACUUCAACUGCAGGUAUUGUCAAAAAUGAAAAGAGAAGUAAAGACUGUAAACAAAAGUUCAACAGUAAGUGAAUUCUUUAAAUCUUUGUUCUUUAAAGCACCAGACCCGAAGGCAUCAAAAAACAAUCAAGAACUGUUUAAAUUGGGAGGAUUAGCAACAUGGAAGGAAGUUUUUAGCUACUAUAAAGAAUUGAAUAUCGAAGUACGGGCAAAGCGCAUAGCAGGCUAUCACUUAUCUUUUACUGACUAUUGGGGUAGGGUGCUAGCCCGUAGAAUUUUUCCCAACUCUGCAAGAAGUCCAGGUGCCACUGUAACAGCAAGUACACUUAUGCCUUCAUUUCAAAAAAAUGAACAGCCUUUCCCAAUAAUAUGUGCUGUUGAAAAGGUACCGACAAAAGAUAUGACCUGUAAGGAUUCACACUUAUUUGAGUUCACACCGUACGAAUUUGGAUCUUGGGACUCAUACUUAAAUGCAUUCGUGCCGAUGAAAUAUCUCGGAUCUUCGUUAUUUGGAGGGAAAUCUACGAUUCGGACUCAGAAUCCAAAUAUAUCAAUAUGUGUUUCAGGGUUCGACAAUAUUGGCUUUAUCACCGGGACUUCAUCUUGCUUAUUCAGUCACAUAUUCGUCUACGUGUAUCAAUUCCUUUUAGGACUAAAUCUGGAAGCAUCCACAGCUAUAAAUACUAUACUUAAAUCGUUUGGAUUAAGUUCCGAUUUUAAAUCAUUCGAGUUUCCUCUGCAUCAUCCUGACUAUGCAUCCUUUUCACCGAAUCCAUUUUAUGGAUACAACCAUUCUCAAACUAGUCAAGAAGAAAUUUCAAAAAGUAAAGCCAUCUAUCUUGUAGAUGGUGGAGACGAUGGCCAAAAUAUACCUUUUCAGCCGUUCUUACAGAGUGCAAGGGAAGUGGAUGUCAUACUAUCGUUCGACAUGACUUCAGAUUUAUUUAACUACCCAAAUGGAACAACUUUGGUGAAAUCCUCCGAAAGGUUUCAUAAUAGACACACCAGUUUCUCUCUCCCAACAUUUAGCUUAAGCUCAAGUAUACCAAACAAUUUUUCGUCCGAAAGUGUGGGUCGUGGUGUACGUUACAACGACACCAAAACGAAAAAAUUGACAACUACCGAAAGCAGAUCUGUUUUCCCUAAAGUACCUGAUACUCAGACCAUGUUGAAAUUAAAUUUAAACAAUAAACCUGUAUUUUUUGGUUGCAAUCUCUCUAAAGAUUAUCCUAAAAUGAGAACCGUUGAACAUAGAGACCCAAACCAAACAUUCACUCAUUCAUCCACACACAACCACUACCUACCACCCCUUAUUAUUUACACAGCAAAUUCAAAUUAUUCUUUUCCGUCAAAUACAUCGACAUUCAAGCUAAGCUAUACUCCUGAAGAAGCAUCUGGAAUGAUCGAAAAUGGUUAUAAUUUAGCCACGUACAUGAACUCCACACAAUAUUCAAUUUGUAUUGGAUGCGCCAUUUUAAAACGACAAUUCGAUCAAAUAGAACUUGGGCUUAAUACUUUAUACCAAGAUAACUUUAAAGUACCCGCAGCAUGUCAAGAAUGCUUUGAUCUGUUUUGUUGGAGUGAAUAG